UAAACACUGAUUCAGAAUCGAACGGACGCCAUUGUUGUGGUGGAAAAUGGCGUCAGUGGAGAGGAGCGGUGGCUGCUGUGCCUGUACUCGAUGAUCUCUUAAUAUGCCUCCACCCGGGACACGGAGCCUCACUUGCCACACUCCCUACUGCAUGAACUAACUGUAUGUGAGAAACCAUGGCAUCUGAUAAAAAGAUUAUUGAUGAGGUUGGGGAGUCCUCCCACGAUACUCCCCAAGCCAUUACAAUUACGAUCAUGGAUCCUUCCGCCUUGGAAGCCACUGAUCUGGACUCUUCCUUGGUGACUUCAGUGGAAACCCAAGAUGAUCGCCAUGGCACCAGUACUCUUUUGGUGGUUCCUGGUGACGGACAUGCUAGUAUUAGUGUUGAACAUGGUGCAAAGAACAUUUUACAGACUGUGACUGAAACACACAUGGGAACACAUGAGUUACCUGUGAUAUCAAAUAUUUCUAAUCCUGAGGAAGAAACUAGUGAACAAAACUCUAUACAUGUGACAAAAACCUCACAGAUAAUUGAUGAGGGGGAGGGAGUGGAUGAAGAAGAUGGAGAAGAGCCAGAUGAGUCUGUGGGACAACACUGUUUAAUAUGUAAUGUAGAUCUACCAUCAGAAGAGUCGACAGAGCCAGUUCUUGUAUUCAAAACACAGACGACGACCACUCAGAGAAAAAUGUCAGUCUUUCUUGGCUCUCUGAUCGGGCAAAAACUUACAUCACGUAAGGCUCACAGUGAUAUCAUGUGUCACCGGUGCUUUGGCCUCCUUGACCGAGUAGACUCAUUGGAGGUGGAAAUUCGUGAUACAAAAGAGGAGAUAGUCAACAAGUACCAGGAAACUGUUGCAGUCUAUGGAGGACGAGCUAGAAGAAGAAAACCUGCAACAGCCAAGAAAACUGAUUAUGUGUUCCCUAAGGUUGAGCCAGAAGAUGAAGAUGAACAAGUUCUUGGGUUAGAGAUGGAUGAAAAUUUUGAACCUCGAGUAGAAGACUUGAUGGAGGAAGAAAAUGACCACCGAGAAGAUCGCAGUACUCAGGAUGAAGAAUGGGAGCCAGAAUUUAAGAAGCCCAGAAUAAAGAGGGAGGCAGUUGAUGCUGAAUCAAGUGGACCAACAAAAAGAAAGAGAGGACGUCCUCGGAAAGAUGCAGCCAAACCCAAAGGAAACGAGGAGAUGGCACUUGCGGAAUCUAAGGACGAACUUCACGAGGAAAUACCUGAAGAUGACAUCGCUCAGUUGCUGGAGACAACGCCAGAGCUGAAGCAUUUUUUUGUGACUAGUCAGAACCCUUUUUGUCGUAUGAUUUUAACCUGCAAAUCUUGUGGUCAUAUUUUCACUUCUGCACAAAGCCUUGCUUCUCAUCAUUGCAACUAUGAAUGUGAGAAAUGUGGAUUAGAAGAAAAUAAUUUGGCUACUAUUACACAACAUCUUUCAGUAUGCCCAUUUCUUAAUGCUCAUCAGUCAAGGACUAACUCAUUGUCUUGCAAUUUUUGUUCUAGUGUGUUCAAGGAGAAACUAGAGUUGCAACAGCAUAAAGAAGAACAUGUAAAUGACUGCUUAAAGCAGUAUGCCAAUCUUUUAAAAGAGCAAGGUUUGGCUGAAACUCCAUGCACAGAUCCCCAGCCUCCUCUCAAAAGAGGUCGACCCCGAAAAAUGAGUGAUUGUAUAAAGUGUAGUUUAAUGUAUGGUUCUCCAGCUGACUUAGAUAGACAUAUCAAAUUAAUUCACCCUAAAACUUUAACUCAUGCAUGCAGACUUUGCGACGACCGCUUUCUUCACCAGCAACAACUUGAACUUCAUAUCGUUGAGCAUUUUUUGGGCUCGUAUGCAUGCGACUUCUGUGGAGUUCAUUUUGGAUAUAAAUAUCCUUUUCUCAAGCAUCUUGAAGCUAAUCAUACUGGUGAUUUUUUAUUAAAGUGUGAAUUUUGUGACUUUACCACUGGCACUUUUAAUGAUUAUCGAAGCCAUAGACGAGAGCCUCAUAUAGGAGGAAAAGAUGUUGAUUCAGCAUCAAUAUGCCAUCAAUGUGAAGAGCUGAUUCCACAAGAUGAGAUGGAAGAACAUAUUGAUGAACAUUUAUUGGCACGGGAGCCAGUGCCUGUCAUGACAAACGUCUCUUCAGAUCAACACCUGAGGAAAGUAAAGAGAAGGCGUGGUCGACCAGGUCGGCGGAAAUCACACAAGUGCUUUGACUGCAAUCUUACGUUUCCUAGUCCAGCAGGUCUUUCCCGUCAUAAUCAUGAGCAUCACCCACAAAAGUAUACCAGGCAGUGUGAAAUAUGUGGUCAUGGAUUUAAGGGUAAACGUGCACUUGAGUUACACAGGGAUGGCCAUGAAAAUGGUAGCUGUUGGUGUCCAAUUUGCAAGCUCAAGUUUAAGCAUAGACAGCAUGUUGAACAUCACUUUACAAGAGCACAUGCAGAUGUAACUAAUAUGGACUGUGAAUAUUGUAGUAUCCAGGUAACAUCCUACAGCAAGUAUAUGUAUCAUUGUCGCACUGUUCAUGCAGAUUUAUUAGAGGAUCGUGCUGAACUUAAAUGUCAUUUGUGUGGUAAAAAUGUCUCCAGUCGUAUCUUAUUGAAUAAGCACAUGGCUAAGCAGCAUGGUCAAAACAGGCAAAAUGCACCAAAGAAUGAAUGCCCAGUUUGCAAAAAAUAUUUUGUUCAUGUGGAUGUGCACAUGAAUCUUCACACUCGAGCUGUGCAGUUUCCAUGUGAGGAAUGUGGAGAAGUAUUUUUUUUGCGAUCCAGUCUCCUAGCUCACCAUAAACUGCGUCAUGACCAAAAUGCAAGAGCGCACAUAUGUAAGAUUUGCAAUAAAGGUUUUGUUAGUAGUUCUUUGCUUCGCACACACCAUGAACAAGUGCAUUUGCAGAAGCGUCAAUAUUUUUGCGAGUUUUGUGGACGUAGUUACAAGAACAAGUCUGCUCUUACGUACCAUUUAAAAGUUCAUACUGGUGAGCGGCCGUUCAAAUGCCAAGAAUGUGGCUUGAGCUUUCACCGCCCUUCGGCUCUCAAAACUCAUAUGGAAGGUACACAUCACCUUCCAUACUCUUAUCUGUACAGAAAACCACAGCGUCGUGCUGGUGCAGGGAUUAUGGAAGUUACAAAUUCCUUGGAGAAUACUGAGCAAAAUAAGAAGGAUCCUUCCAGUAUUACAGCUAUCAAUGUUCCAAAAUCUAUUAUAAUUGGAAAUGAAGUCAGAAUAGAUGAUAUUAAUAUAGAUGGAGAAAUGGGUAUGGUUGAGGGUGUAGAUGAAGUAGUAGGGGUUAGCAAUGUGGCAGAUGUUAGUGUAAAUAUGAAUGGCUCCGAGAUUAUCACUGUUGUUGAAGACCUACGUAACCUGCCAGACCUUUAUCGAGAAGGUGGAGAGGAAGAUGUUUAUAUUAUUCAGGCCAUAGAACAUGCCUAGGUAAAGUAUUGUAAAAAGUAUAUACAAUACUGUACUAUAUUUAGAGCUCACUCUCCUAUUUUUAUUUGUUGUAUACAUAAGUAGUACAAGGCCAGAUGACAUCACAUCUCUUGUUAGCAGACUUAGUUCCAUCUUCCCACAACUUAUCUUAAGCCUUAACCUUCUAGAGUCCCUGGAACAUGAUCCAUGAAUCUGUGAAAAUUAGGUCCUCAAUGAGGACUACCUUACCUUGAGGGUUACCUUGAGGUGAUUUGGGGGCUUAGCGUCGCCGCGGCCCGGUCGUUGACCAGGCUUCCUCGUUGCUGGACUGGUCAUCCAGACUGUUGGACGUGGCUGCUCGCAGCCUGACGAGCACACUAGGACUAGGGCGAGCACACUACCGUUGUGUAAUUUGUUCUGUUGUGACAGGUCUUAAAAGGCAUCGAUUUAUUUUAUGCCUAGUUGUAUUAAAUUAUCAGAUACAGUAUUGUAUAUAAUGUAUAGUUUAUUGUCAUACUGUAUUUAUUUUGUAUGUCAACACUUCAACAAUAUAAUUUGUGGUGCUUAGCAGCUCAGUGCAGAUGAGCAUUUUUUUUUUUUUUUUUUUUUUUUACAGACUGGCCCCCAUUUACCAAAUCAUUUUUUCUAAAUUUUGUAUAUUUAUAUUUACUAAAUCUGGAUGUAAAUAAAAUGUAAGGGAUGUUAAAGGUUACUGGAUGCAUGUCUGAAUUCAUUUUAAAAGAAGUAUGAUGUACUCUAUAGAUCAUAAAUUAAUGUGCGAUGUA